CNGAAGAAGUGACCUCCAACCCAACUUGUUACAUAUAUCGACUUCUCUGAACGGGACCAGAGCAGGAGCAACAUACUGUGUGCGAGUAUCCCACACCUCAACAGGAUUGACCAAUUUCGAAUGCUGACGUUACCAGUGGGAUCAUUCACUCAGAUCAUGGAACAACGAUUCAUCAACGUUAUUGCUUGUCUUUCCAAUUGUAAAGCUGGGAUUGGCUGCAAUGCUUUGUUUAUCGGUCCCGAUUCUUGCUUAGGCGGAACCGUGGAUUUGAAUUACACAGGUUUGACUUCUGAACCAAAGCAGAAUUAUUAUGUGGAACGAGAUCUAAUUUGCAGUCAUAACUCUGAGAACAGUUUCACUACUUUUCCCACGAGAAUGGCAAUGAAUGGCAAGUUUGUGUUUAACGCUGGCAAUACUUCAGCCAUGGAAGCAGAAUCACACUGUCAAUCUCUAAAUGCGUCAUUGGUCACCCUGAAAUCGAAGGAGGAGUUCCAAGGGCUAGCUAAUCUAACGGGUUCAAAGAUAGUACACAUUGGUUUGUCAAGCGAUGGAUAUCGACUCGAUUGUGAAAAUGAAUCAUGUGGAAAUAAAUUGCAAUGGACAGAUGGCACACCAUUUCGCUAUUCCAAGAAAUUUGGUUAUGUACUGCAAGUCAAUGAAGGAGGACAAGCCCACCGAUUCCUGAAAUCAGGCUCCACAAUCCUUUUGCAAGAUUCUGAGCCACAACUCUUAGCUGAUGCUGUCUGUGAAGUUAAAUGCUAAAAUAAAAUUCAAAUUAGCAAUUCAAUUCCUCAUUUCAGCGCCUCCCAUCUCCCCUUAAUGGAAAGGAGUACCUAGAGAAGUUUGAUGAUUCCUCUGCAGUGGCCCGGUUGGAGUUAAAUACAUUUUUAACGAAAGAAUGUAGGUUCAAAAGCGGUAUUUUUAACCCUACAAGAAUCGAUAAUAUGCUGUUUCUAUUUGAAAAAAUAGUAAUUAGUAUCCUUUGAUUGUACGAGUAUUAAUCGAAAUUUUUGUUUAGUUUUAUUUUUGUUAAAUGUUUGGUUGGGCUCAAGCACUCUCUAGGAUGAGUUUUUUUUUUAUCUAAACAAGGCCAAUGAAAUCAUCAUUCCAUGGCUGCUUUCUCAUAUGGUCAAUUCAUAGAUAAUUUCAUACUUGGGCAUCAUUCCGUCAUUAAUUGACCCAUAGAAAACCGUUAUCUGACGAAAUUGCAGAUUCACUCGGACUCGAGUAAGGGCUCGCCCCAGCACUGGUUAGUGCAUUAAGGUACAUAAAUAAACAAAAAGCUUACUUUGAGUUAUUGCUUGACACAGUCAUCAUUUAACGUCGCAAAUUCCCUUUGUAGCAAUUUCAUUGAGUUUCUGUGCAAUCAUUCUCCUAGAUUGAGAAAUAC